CCAAACAGGUAACUCAACAAUUUAAAAUCCAAUAAGGCACACAAAGGGAGGCCUACAUAGAGCAAAUGUGCCUCAGAACUAAAGCUAAAGUUCAGGAUUAAUACAGACAUGGACAGCUUGGUAUAAAAUGACUACUUUGUCUCACCAGGUUAAACUGCUGCAGGUCUUCAUGUUCAGUCUGUCUGCAGUAUUUUUCCCCCCUUGAGCAGGUCUGCUGUAAUUACUCCGCCUGGUAUCUUUCCCAGCUCAGGUCUAAUUGCAGCAGCAAUGUGAGAUGAGCCGCAGCCUCCUCUCCGCAUCCUGUGUGUCUAGCGAGCUGGACCAGAGCCAGACCUAUAACAUGACCCCACCACACCUUGAUUUUCCCUUGGAGACCCGUUGUCUCUAUCUCGUGGCAUUAUCCAGUAUUGCAGCAAGAAACCUAUCCCUUCAUGUCGGUUUGGAAAGAUGUGAUCGCAGUGACUCCCAAAAGUGUUUUCUACUAUAAAAAUCAGCAACAACUCUGAGAUUAUUCAGCUGGAUUUGCCUCGCCGAUCAAGGGGAAGAAGUCACACAUCAGAUGUGCAGUGUGAGCUCGGUUUGGCGCAAAUAUGUCGCUAUUUGGACACAAAUAGGUUAGAACACUUUGUGUCCUGGUCUAUGGAAAUAGUCCGGUCAGAUCCACUUUCACGGUGAAUCAGUGCGCAGCGGGGACGCGUGCAGCAGGGGCGGCUGUCAGUCCUCACCAUCCCUCUCAUUGGCUGCAGCAGGAUGCUCGGUCUCUCUCCUGUUUCCUUGAUCCUCAAAUGCAACUGGAGCCGACGGAGGUUUGCAAUGAAGCAAGCGAGAGGACCUUCACCUGUAGAUAUUUGUUAUUAACCUGCGUUUCACCAUCGCUAGAAACAAAAACAAAAAAAAGAACCCACACGGCACUUUUGAAGUAAACGCCGUGCGCUUCGGAUUUUGCAUCGCUGCACAGUCGUUGGAAAUAACUUGUUAUUCAAGGUUUGUUUGUUUCUUGUUUUUGCGGGCGGCUGUCGCCCGGUCCUCCGGUUUUUAACGGGAUCCUGCAGGCUGUAUGGAGGGAUGUCGGCAUGGCUUGCACCAGGAGAACCAAAACUUUGGUGUCCACAUGCGUAAUUCUGAGCGGCAUGACCAACAUUGUUUGCCUGCUUUAUGUCGGAUGGGUUACUAAUUACAUCGCCAAUAUUUACAUCAAAGUCCCGAUGCCUUUACCGGAUAGAAAGUUAGAGGGGGACAAGAGAGGAGACACUAUCCGGAUCAUGGAGAGGCUUGAUCGGCUGGAGAAUGUGGUCAACCAGCACAUACAAGAGACUCCAGGGAGGGGAGAGGACGGUCAGGCGGACACAUCAUUCUCUGACUCGUCACUGUUUGCUCACUGGGGUCAGGAGCUCAGCCCAGAAAACCGGCGGGUGGCACUGAAGAUGUUCCAGUACUAUGGAUAUAAUGCCUACCUCAGUGAUCGUCUCUCUUUAGACAGGCUGAUACCAGACCUCAGGCCUGAUGGGUGCAGAAACAUCACUUAUCCUCUAAACCUCCCUCAAGUGAGCAUUGUGUUCAUUUUUGUGAAUGAAGCCUUGUCCGUCAUCCUGCGGUCGAUUCACUCUGCCAUCAAGAGGACACCCUCCCACCUUCUCAAAGAGAUAAUCCUGGUGGACGACUACAGCAAUAGUAACGAGCUGAAGGAGAAACUGCAGGAUUUUGUGUCUGAAACUAACAGCAAGCAUCCAGGAUUCAUUAAGAUGGUGCGGCACUCCAAGCAGGAGGGUCUGAUCCGGUCCAGAGUGAGUGGCUGGAGGGCUGCCACUGCCCCAGUUGUUGCCCUGUUUGAUGCCCACGUUGAGUUCAACGUUGGCUGGGCUGAACCCAUCCUGCAGAGAAUUAAAGAAGACAGAACGCGCAUAAUCUCCCCAUCAUUUGAUAACAUCAAGUACGACACAUUUGAGAUUGAAGAAUAUCCGCUGUCUGCCCAGGGCUUUGACUGGGAGCUGUGGUGUCGCUACCUCAACCCACCCAAGUCCUGGUGGCACAAGGGCAACAAGACUGCACCAAUCCAGAGCCCGGCCCUGAUUGGCUGCUUCGUGGUUGAUAGGCUGUACUUUGAGGAGAUUGGGUUGCUGGAUGAGGGGAUGGAGGUGUACGGGGGAGAAAACGUGGAGCUGGGUAUCAGGGUAUGGCAGUGUGGCGGCAGUGUCGAAGUCCUGCCUUGUGCUCGCAUCGCCCACAUAGAGCGUGCUCAUAAACCCUACACUGAGGAUCUGACGUCUCAUGUGCGGCGAAACGCCCUCAGAGUUGCUGAGGUUUGGAUGGAUGAGUUUAAGAGUCAUGUCUACAUGGCCUGGAACAUUCCCAUGGAGGACUCAGGAAUUGAUAUCGGCGAUAUCUCUGAGAGGAAAGCUCUGAGGAAGAGGCUGCAGUGUAAAACUUUCCGAUGGUACCUGGUCAACAUGUACCCUGAGAUGAGGAUGUACAGCGACACCAUCGCAUAUGGAGUACUGAAAAACUCCCUGAAGAAUGAUCUGUGUCUGGAUCAGGGACCCGACAAUGACAACGUCCCCAUCCUGUAUCUCUGUCACGGGAUGACACCUCAGAAUGUGUACUACACUAGUACUCAGCGGCUUCAAGUCGGGCUCCUGAGUCCCACCGUUGACGAUGAUGACAACAAGUGCCUGGUGGAUGUGAAUAGCAGACCGCGCCUCAUCGAGUGCAGCUACGCUGCAGCCAAACGCAUGAAGCUUCACUGGCUCUUCACUCAGGGAGGAUCCAUUCAGAACAAAAAAUCAAAGAGAUGCCUGGAGCUUGUACCAAGCAGUGACAAUGAGUUUGGCUACCAACUGGCUCUGCAGAAAUGCACUGGACAGAAAUGGUUCAUCACAAACGUGCUGUUUAGCAGCUCCUUAUGAUCGAUUGCUAAAAGGAACGUUGCAGUGAAUAGCACACCAGACUGGAUGGAGUUGUUUCUUUUGUGUGAGAGAGAAAGAGAGAGAGAGAGAAUAAGAAGCAGCAGUCCGACAGACAAACGGUGCAUGGUUGAACAUCAUUUUGAGCACCUUGAUGUCCUCUGAUGAGCAGUUGACAUCACAUCGUAAAUGUUAAACAUUUUAUUUUGCCUACAGGAUCAGCCAUAGUUGGCGAAUAUUUUGCAGAUUUGACAAGGGUAGUAUUAUAGUAUAUUUUGUGGUAAAUACAGUACAGUCAGAGUUUCGUUGACUUGAAAGAUGUAAUGGGUCCAAUAUGUUUUUGUACUGUUCAUAAUUGCUACUGUGUAGCAAGCUUUCUCAACAUGUCCCUGCUGUAAUUAUUUUCAUUUAGUGUCUCAGGUUUGUAGGUUUAUUACGGUAUGUGAUUCAGCUGUACAGUUGUGGGAAAAUGUUGGAAUAAAUCUGAAAAUGAUA